UGGAUUUCUAGUUAUAUGGGUGCUGUGAAAUAUUAUGGACAAGGAUUUGCAAGUGAAUCUUCAAUAAGAUUUGGAAACUCAAGAAUAUUAAAACAUCGAGCCUUCAGCUUCCAGAAAGAAUUUUCAUUUGACAAUGAAGAUUUAACAAAGGUUACCAAGGAAAUUGAUGCUAAUCUUUUGGCUGUGCUUCCUAAAGUAUCUGAACUAAGGAAACGAUUUGAACCUGUAAGCCAAGGAACUUUGGAAAUGAACAGAAAGGAGAGAAUUGCCAGGCGUUUGGAAGGUAUUGAUAAUGAAACCCAGCCCGUUCUACUACAAAGCUGUGCUGGUCUGGUCACCCAUCGCCUGCUAGAAGAAGACGACACUCCGAGGUACACCCGGGCCUCUGACCCUUGCAGCCCUUGCACAGCUAGAAGGUUCAGUAAAGAAGAAAUGGAGAUCCAGGAAACUCAAGAUGUUUCAGCCGUAAGGCAGUAUCCACCCAGAAGCUGUCAAGAUCCUCCGUGCGUACUUACAGAAUCGACUCCAAACUCCGCCUCCACAGACACGACCACGGUGGACACAAAGGCAGAUCGCAUUGCCAGAUAUAAAGCGGAACGCAGACGCCAGCUCGCCGAAAAAUAUGGCAUCUCUUUGGACCACGAGCCAGAUACCGAUUAUUUGCCCAAGUAUUCUCGAAUGCGUAAGCUGGAUGCUUCAGAAAAAUGUUCAAUGGCACUUCCCAAAUCUGAAGAAGAAAGUAAAGAUGUAAAUUUGAGAUACAGUACCAAAGGAGAUGGCGGUGUCAUCAGGGACCCACAGAGUGGGCUCAUCGAAACUAAGGUGUCCGGCUAUCAAGAGAAGUCCGUCGACCCUGCGGAAAGAGAGCGGAUAAUGAAUCUGGAGAACUAUAGGAGGGCACAGGACGCCAAAGCAAUGUUGCAUGAGCAGCUCUCCUCGCGGAAUGUCACUGGUGAGGUUCACAGUAAAGGCUUCUCAUUCUCAGAAGUGCCGGAUUCUCCUAGUCAAGGUCGUAGGUCAUCUUUGCCCACUCCAAAGCAGUUCAUUUCACCGGGGGACCUCUUUAUUGAGCAGCAGGCUCACAACAUUCUCAACAGGCAAAGCAGUUCACUGUCAAGCCUGCCUUCCUCACCAGUUUGUGAUGAAGAAAAACUGGAUGAAAGGGCCAAGCUGAGUGUAGCAGCCAAAAGGUCCCUUUUUCGGGAAUUGGAAAAAAGUAUGGAUGCCUCAUCGGCGCCUAAGCCCAGGUCUCGUAAUGCUGCUGUGGAGAGACGUUUGCGGCGUGCACAAGAUCGUUCUCGUACGCAGCCUGUAACUACGGAAGAAGUUGUUAUUGCUGCCACUUUACAGGCCUCACAGCAGAGUGCUUUGCCAAGAGAUAAACCGGCGGCCAACAACUCCAAACCAUCGAGAGAUGACCCGGAGUCUGAAGAGCCAGACUUAUCAACCCUUAGCCUGGCAGAAAAGAUGGCACUUUUUAACCGUUUGUCUCAACCUGCCACAAAGAUAGUUUCCAGGACUCGAAGUGAUUUACGGCAGAGAAGGACAAAUGCCCGAUACCAGACUCAGCCUAUAACACUUGGAGAAGUUGAACAGGGACAAGUGCCCAGUGAUCCACACUCUGUGGCUAGUGGCUCUUCAGUGACUGUGAACAGGUGUACCGCUCAAUUACAAAAUGGGGAAGGGAAGAUUGCCCCCCUCUCUCCGUCUGUUGUAAAGUCUGUGGCAGCAGUAGCUCAGGCGGCAUCGGUGUCUACAAGUGCAGCUGGUGAGCUACACUUUGGGAAGUGCGCACAAUCAACAGAGGAUUCAUUUUUCUCUUCUCAUGGGCCAAAAUACCCGAGCACUGCAGCCAGUGUUGACACAUUCACGAAGAACAUAACUCCAGAGCUUGACCCAUCACCUUUGAACUUGGAGCAGCAGCCUCUGCUAGAGAUCAAAGAGCCGUUUCAAAGCCGCUCAGUUUCUGAGCUGCAGGAAGAAGACCUCCAAGCAGGAAAACAGGAAAGCGGUACCAUCAACGACAGAAGACAGCUUGGCUCCCCCCAAAGUCAUGGGCGUCAGCAGACCCCUGUGGAGUCGGCUGGAGGUGACCUGGGCAGUGUGGAUCUGAGGCACAGCGUCCCGAGCAGAUGUAGCCGGGAGCAGCUCAGCCCAGAGAUCUGGCAAACGGCUGAGCUGCGGAGUUUUUACAAGGAGGACAACGCCUUGGUGCAGGAGACGAGGGGAAUUGUAAAAGAGAAGCGUCCUUCGCUAGACUUGUAUGGCUCGGAGAAUAUUUUACCAUCUUAUGCCGCUGGAUCAGAGUGCUUGGAAUCGAACCUUAUAUCCAGUGUGGCUCCUGCAGCUGGGAGGAGUAUCUGCGUUGCGUCAACAGCACAAAACAUUACGCUGACUGAAGAUUUGGACAACGGCAACCCAAAAGAGCUCAUCACUGCCAAAGAGAGCCAAGUGGAGAAGAGUGACGACCUGUCGGAUAUCAUGUCCACUAAACAGCUGUCCAUCAAAGAAAGGUUGGCCUUGCUUAAAAAGAGCGGAGAAGAAGACUGGAGAAACAGAAUCAACAAGAAACAGCAAGAUAUGAAAGUGUCGAUUUCUGAGCGCCAUUCACAGAUGUGGGAGGUAGAGCAGAACUUCAAAAAAAAGGAUGACGGAGUGAUUAUUGAUGGCGGUGCAUUUUCUAAUCAGCUCUGGGAACCUGUCUAUGCUACCACUUUCUCUCCUGCUAUUCCUUUUGGCAAUAAGUGGCACUAUGUUGUACCUUAUAACCAGGUUAGCCCUCCUAAUGUUAGAGUGUCCAGUCCCAUAUCUGUUGAUGAGCGUCAUCCUUGGCGUUGGAAGGUGACCAGAGAAAAAAUGGGAGAAGACCUUGACUCUCAGAUAUCGAUCGAAGAAAGGAAGCAGCAAAUCUCUGCAAGAGAGGAAGCCUGGAAAAUUCGUGGCAAAGGAGCAGCAAAUGACUCCGUACAGUUUACAGUGGCCGGGAGAAUGGUUAAAAAAGGGUUGGCCUCUCCAUCUUUGAUCAGUCCUGUCAUAUCCCCUGUCUCCUCGAGGAUAAAAACCACCACACCUGCAGUUUCUAAACCUCAGGAAGACAUUGAAGCCAGACCAGAUAUGCCGUUAGAAAGUGACCAAAAACUUGAUAAACUUGAGUCUUUCUUGGGGAGAUUAAACAGCAAAGUGGCGGGAAUGCAAGAGACCGUUUUAACAGUAACAGAAAAGAAGGUGAAGGAGGUGAUGAAGUUGGACGAUGAAGAAACAUUUGCAAAGUUCUAUCGUCACAUACAGCAUUUUCCACACCUGCCUGGUGUAGAGAUUCAGAGAGAUGACUUUGACGCCAUUUUUGAUCCUUCAUCUCCAAGGCUCAUUUCUGCUGUAACGGAACAUAAAAGAGCAGUGAGGCCUACUCGAAACGUUCAGUCAUCUAAGAACCCUCUGAAGCUGCUAGCUGCGAGAGAAGAUAUCCGUCACGAAUACACUGAGCAGAGAUUAAACAUCGCCUUUAUGGAGUCGAAAAGAAUGAAAGCGGAAAAAUUGGCCAAAAAUUCUGGUUUCUCUGAUGUAGCAUUAGCUGGCCUAGCGAGUAAAGAGAAUUUCAGCAGCGUCAGCUUGAGAAGUGUAAACAUGACUGAACAAAUGUCAAACAACAGUGCGGUGCCAUAUAAAAAACUAAUGCUGCUUCAAGUUAAAGGGCGCAGGCACAUACAGACAAGACUGGUUGAACCUAGAGCGUCGUCUUUGAACAGUGGGGAUUGUUUCUUGCUGGUAACGCCACAUCACUGCUUUAUAUGGGUAGGAGAAUUUGCCAACGUCAUUGAAAAAGCAAAGGCUUCUGAACUGGCAACAUUCAUCCAGACUAAAAGGGAUUUGGGAUGUCGAUCCCCUUACAUACAGACCAUCGAGGAAGGGAUUAAUACACACAGUCACGCAGCCAGAGAGUUCUGGAAGCUGCUUGGUGGACAGUCCAAUUACCAAGCGGCUGGAACCCCUGAAGAAGAUGAGCUCUAUGAAACUGCAAUAGUAGAAACCAACUGUAUCUACCGCCUUGUAGAUGAUAAGCUUGUCCCUGAUGAUGAUUUCUGGGGAAAAAUUCCACGGUGCUUAUUGUUGGAUUCCAAAGAAGUCAUGGUUUUUGAUUUUGGCAGUGAAGUGUAUGUGUGGCAUGGAAAGGAAGUCACCCUGUCGCAAAGGAAGAUUGCAUUUCAGCUAGCGAAGCAUUUGUGGAAUGGAACCUUUGACUACACCAACUGUGACAUCAAUCCGCUUGAUCCUGGAGAAUGCAACACACUUAUACCAAGAAAAGGUCAAGGACGUCCGGAUUGGGCGAUCUUCGGCAGACUAACAGAACACAAUGAAACGACGUUGUUUAAGGAGAAGUUCCUGGACUGGACGGAAUCAAAGAAGUCUGUUCAAAAGAAUGGAAGUGACCACCACACUGAGCAGAAACUCGAGCAUCACGGACAUGAAUUUAAGCCGUAUGAUGCUGCUUUAAUGCUCCGCGUGGCCGACACUUCCACAGGCACGGUGUUGGAUGGUAUGGAUGUCGGACGUGGAUAUGGCUUUGUCGAAGGUGAAGACAGAAGACAGUUUGAGAUUGGCACACACUCUGUGGAUGUGUGGCACAUCCUAGAGUUUGAUUACAGCCGCUUACCAAAGCAGAGUAUCGGCCAGUUUCACGAAGGAGAUACGUAUGUGGUGAAAUGGAAGUAUAUGAUCAGCACUGCAGUGGGCAGAAGGCAGAAGUCUGAACAGAUUCGGAGCAGUGGUGCCGGGAAGGAGAAGUGUGCCUACUUCUUCUGGCAGGGCCGCAACUCAACUGUGAGCGAGAAAGGGACCUCUGCACUCAUGACUGUAGAGUUGGACGAAGAGAGGGGAGCCCAGGUUCAGGUCCAGCAGGGGAAGGAGCCCCCUUGUUUUCUGCAGUGUUUUAAUGGAGGGUUGAUUGUACAUUCUGGUAAAAGGGAAGAGGAAGAAGAAAAUACACAAAGUGAUUGGAGACUCUACUGUGUGCGUGGAGAGGUUCCAGUUGAAGGGAACUUGCUGGAGGUAGCCUGCCACUGUAGUAGUCUGCGGUCCAGAACGUCCAUGAUUCUUCUCAACGUGAACAAGGCUAUCAUCUAUUUGUGGCACGGCUGCAAGGCACAAUCGCACACAAAGGAUGUUGGGCGAACAGCAGCCAACAAGAUAAAAGAACAAUGUCCUCUAGAAGCGGGUUUGCACAGUAGCAGCAAGGUGACGAUACACGAAUGUGAUGAAGGAUCCGAGCCAAUUGGCUUCUGGGAAGCUUUGGGGAGGAGAGACCGAAAAGCGUACGACUGCAUGUUACAAGAUCCGGGAAAAUUCAACUUCACCCCAAGGCUCUUCCGUUUCAGCAGCUGUUCGGGCGAGUUCCUCGCUGCAGAGUAUCUCUAUCACUCUCGAGUGCCAGAGCUUGUCAACUCUUUGCCGUUUUUACAGGAAGAUCUCUAUUCUGCCCCACAACCAGCGCUGUUUCUCGUGGACAAUCAUCACGAAGUUUACCUCUGGCAGGGGUGGUGGCCUUCAGAUACUGACAAUGCUGGCUCGGCUCGAAUGCGAUGGGAUGCAGACAGAAAGUGUGCCAUGGAGACAGUUUUACAGUACUGCAAAGCAAAGAACUCGAAGAAACCACCAAAAUCCUAUUUAAUUCAUGCCGGAUUGGAGCCGCUGACAUUCACCAAUAUGUUUCCCAGCUGGGAGCACAGGGAAGACAUUGCGGAAAUCACCGAGAGAGUGAUGGAGGCAGACGUGUGCAGCCAAAUCAUCCUGGUGGAAGAUGUCUUGGCUCGGCUGUGUAAGAGAAUUUACCCACUGGAGGAGCUGCUGGCCAGGCCUCUCCCAGAAGGGGUUGAUCCACUGAAUCUGGAGCUGUACCUGUCAGAUGAAGACUUUGAGGGGCAGCUCCUUGGGAAGAAAGCGUUAGAAAUGACGAGAGAGGAAUUUGAAGGGCUUCCCUCCUGGAAACAGGGGAACCUGAAGAAAGCCAAAGGCCUUUUCUGAAGCUCAACAGCUGCCUGAGAAAAUUGGACUCUUGCUUUGACAGAUUUCGGGGGACCCCUUGCGAGACAUCUGGACGAGUGGUCUUGUGGGUUGAGUGCCAGUCUACCCAAGUAAAAGGAAGCCCUUGGAACUUUUCCGGUCUCCAUGUUUGCGUCUCCUGACUGUCUACGAGACCCAGCAUAUUCUGAGUGUGUGAUGAUUUUUAUUUUUUAAUUGCCCCCCCCACCCCAACCCUUUCAUUUUCAAGUUCAGAAAUUCGGAUGCACUUACCGGUAGCGGUUGUCCUUCAUGCUGCUGCUAUAAUACAGUACCUGGUCACAUAACUGCCAAUCAAUUUUGAUAUGGUUCUCUUUGUAAAGUGUUAUUUUUGUGUGUUAGUGCAUAAUAAAGAAUUUAUAUUUAUAUAAACACAUUAUAGUAAUCAUACUGUACAAUCCUAUAUAGUCACUUUAAAUGGUUUGUGUCAUAAAGCUAUAUUGAUAAUUGUAGAAAAUCGAAAUGCUUCAAAUAAGAAUUGAAACCUGCCAUGGACGACGGCUCACGCGCAUUCUGAACUCUCUCAGAUGUCCGAGCUCACUUUGUUUCUACAAUGGCGUCAGUUCAACGGGAGGAAACUACUUUCUAUAAAAACUAAAAUAAUGUAUAGUGCCUUGUUUUUUUUUGUGUACAGUUUAUAUACAGAGAGAUAAUAGUCUGCAUUUUGAUGACAGAAUGUCAGCAGUUUAAUAUACUUUAAUAAAUUUAGAAGAGAGAAGAAGCCAUCAUGGUUGAGAUGCUGUAUAACAACUUUUGUGAUAAAGGAGUUAGAAAAAUAAAGAUGCAAAUUGAAAUGGA